AUGGCUCCUCUUCGUCCCACCAACUCUCUCUCGCUCCUCCUCUCCCUUCUCGCUCUCCUCUCCGUCCGUCCUUCGUCUUCCUCACUUCCGAUGGCCUCUCGUCGUUCUGUUCCACAAGAAUUGCACUACCGCACCGACCUCCUCGCUCCGAUCCUAUCCAACCUGGGCUUCCACGAACUCGCAAUGGCCGUUCCUGCUCUGUAUUCGCCCGUUCUAUCCUCAUGGUACGGUCCCAUUACUCUCUUUGCCCCCAGUGAUGACUCCAUCCGCUCCUGCCCCUCGUUCUCGGCUCCCCGCCUCCUACGAGAACACCUUGUUCCCGGCCUCUUCUCAAGCGUCUACCUCUCCAAGCUCACCUUCGGCGCCAAACUCGAGACCUCCUCACCCGGGAGAUGCCUCAGCAUUACUUCUACAAGCGCCGUCUCCAAAUCCAACAACUCCGUUGGAUCAAACGAUCUUGAUCGCGAUUCCUCCGGCAUCAAUAUCUUCGUUGAUGGCAUCGAGAUCACCCAACCCGAUCUCUUCAACGACGGCCAGAUCGUCAUUCACGGCAUUCAGGGUUGCGUCGCGCCACUAUCAACCGCUUCCUGCGGGCAAGAAUCCUUUCCCUCUGAUUUUUCCCCUGAAAUCGACGCAGCCAACGACGGCCCUAACCCCCGAAGUACGGCCAUCAUGCGCCUGAUGCUUCGCGACGCGAUUCUCCGUCUCCACGAGGGAGGAUACAACAUCCUCGCUCUCGCAAUGCGCGUUAAGUACCCGGAACUCGCCGGUCUAAAUAACAUGACCGUAUUCGCCCUCAACGACCACUCGAUCUUUGCCGGCGGUCACGCAUACCUCACCGAUGUGAGAUUCCAUGUGGUGCCGAACCGGGUCUUGAUGCGUUCCGAUCUAAUGAGCCUGAGGCAGGGCACGAUGCUUCCGACUCUGGUCCACGGCCAGCACCUGGUGUUGACGCAGACCGGAGCUGGGCUAUCGUCUGGCAGCCUGAGGAUCAACUAUGUUCCGAUCAAGGAACUCGAUGUGGUCUGCAACGCCAAGAUCGUUGUUCACAGCCUAUACCUACCACUCCCGCACUUGUACCUUGCUGAUAUAGCGUCGGCGGCGAUCUUGGGCAAUCCGGAGGGCGGGGUUCCUGAUCAUGGUUCAUCGAAAACCAGGCCAGCAUCCGCCGCCGAGUUUGAAACCUGUGGGGAUCCAAACGCUGUCGACACAAGCGAAUGCCCCUUGAUUCCGGUGGCUGCCCCCACGAGUUGGGCUGUUAUAGAUUUUGACGAGGGCAUUUGA